ACACACAGAACAGGCGCCUUUCAACCACAGAAGAGAAGCUGAAAGCGGCAGAAUAUGGAUUUAUAGAGCUAUAGGUUACAGUGAGGUUGGUAAAAAAAUAAAAAUAUUAAACUUAUGACUGUCUACUUCUGUUGCUUCAUUUUAAUUCAAAAACGAGCAAGGAGAUCCAGCGCAGCGGAUUGCGUUGAAAAAAGUGCCAGUGGACAUGUACCGUAAGGAGCUGGUAACUGCCUGUGUCUGUAGUCUACAGGCAGUUACCAGCUCCUUAGAACCCCGGACUUGAGAAGGUGCGUUAAAUUUACAUUGGAACUGGAACACGGAGCUCCGAACAAUGUAACCUCUGAACUGAACGCUUCCUAGUUUAAAAACGAGGGCAUUGUGGAACACAGAAUUCCACAAACGUACAGUUAAUUAAAUUAAAACCCCAACGUUUAUGCUUGUAGAUGGUAGAUUUCGGAUGAGGUCACUAUAAUCAUCUGCGCCCAUGGUGAGACCCCUGCUCUGUAGUGUUUAUGCGUCUCAUUUUGACCCUGUGGCUAUAGAGUGUGGGCAACUACGUCAUGGCGCGUUGCAUGCUGGGUAGCGGCCGCCAUGUUUUAGGACACUCUAUCAAAACAUAAAUGGACCGUGCGAAGAGCAAGUGCAAGAUACCUUACCGCGAUAAGCUAAACAAAGAAGCAAAGGAACGCUACCUUGAGAAAAUUGAGGGAAUUAAUGGGCUUGAUCCGUACGAACAUCAUGAGUGGACAGGUGAUUUUAACGAGCUACCACAAAUUACUAUUCCUGACGUGUUUAGCUACCUUGUUUGUGGCGUGAGCGCCUACACAUUCGAGCAGUUCAGGAAUUAUAAAUCUCUCGAAGCUCAUCUUCAGUUUACCAAUGGAUGGGUGCAGGACCUGCAGAUUUUCAGAGUCAAUGACCAAAAAACCGUCGUUCUCACAAAGGUUUUGCACUCUCAGCGCCUCAAUGAACCUCCGCUUCAACCCUGGGUGAUUGUCAGUUCUAGUGGCCAAGUGGACUGCGCGCACUGCACAUGCAUGGCUGCCAUUGCAGAGUCUUGUACACACAUUGGGGCUCUCCUGUUUAAAAUUGAGGCUGCAGUGCGUAUACGCGUGACCAAAACAGUCACUGAUGUUCCAGCUUAUUGGAUGAUGCCCACUAAUGUUGACAAGGUUCAAGCAGAGGUAGGUUACAAGAUUGACUUCUCCACUGGUGCGGCUAAGAAGAAGGCCCUUGACAAGUGCAUCAGAGGGGAGAGAAGUAUGCCAAGUAUACGUACUCGUGUUGGUUCCAGAAGUCUGUGUGAGCAUAAACCCACACUUUCAAACCUGUCUCCCUUGCUUCAGAUUUUGCACACUCAUAGCAAGGCUGUUUGUCUUUCUGGAAUGGAGGACUACUACCAUCAUUAUGCAGACCCUGUUAAGCCAGUGGUAGUGCCAAUGUCAUUACUGCAUCUUCGUGACAAAGGAAAGGAUGGAUGUGAACUGUCUGUUCUGCAGCAGCACUGUGAGAGCCUUACAAACCUGGUGGCGCUAACAGAGGCACAGGCAGCAGCAGUGGAAGUUCAGACAAGACAGCAGCAUCGAUCCCCUGUCUGGUUCACAUCAAGAGCAGGAAGAAUAACAGCUUCCAAUGUCCACGCUGUUGUGUCCACCAGUGUCACUGCACCAGCCAUGUCGAUUGUGAGAAAAGUGUGCUACCCCAAAAAAACAGCAACCACAGCUGCAAUCAAAUGGGGGAUAGAUCAUGAGGAAGAAGCAAGGCAAGCCUAUGUCAAGCUGACAGCAACCCAACAUGAGAACCUGAAUGUGGGAGAAAUGUGGGUUUAUAAUAAAUCCAUCCUUUCCAGAAGUCGGGGCUUCUCCUGAUGGUUUCAUCAACUGCACAUGCUGUGGGAAAGGGUGUCUGGAAAUCAAAUGCACAUUUAAGUACCAGAACAACUUCAUCAUGCAGGCCUGUGCAGGUGACAGCAAUUUUUGUCUCCAGCUAACUGAUGGGGAACUAAACCUUAAGCAGACACACAAGUACUACAGCCAAGUACAAACACAGAUCUUUGUGACUGGGUCAAAGUAUUGUGACUUUGUAGUGUGGUCACAGAAAGACUGUGUUGUAGUUCGGAUCUUACCCAAUAUGGCCUUCUGGACGACACUUCUGGCAAAGGCACAGAACUUUUUCUUCAAGGUGUCUUUACCAGAGCUUGUAGCUUGUUACUACACCCGAGCAGCUUCCACAGCGCCCAAUGCUAAGCCUUUAACUGAAAUACAGCCAUCUUGCACAAGGCCAGGAAAACAGACACGAAAGAACAUGACCAAAAUGUGGUGCCUUUGCAAAGGGCCCGAAGAGCAGGAUGACAUGGUGGCUUGUGACAAUGAAAACUGUGCAAUUCAGUGGUUCCACUUCAGGUGUGUAGGACUCACUCAGGCACCUUCAGCGAGUGAGCCAUGGUUCUGUGCCACAUGCACUAAGAUGCAAAAAUGUCAGUGACACGCAAGUACUUAAAGGUUACACUUCCACUUCUUUUGCCUCUUUAAUUUAUGCCUUGAGUUUGUUCUGAAAUGCUUUGUUCUAAAAAAAGGAAUAAUAAUUCAGACUUCAGAAGUGUUUACAAUUUGUGCCCCGCUUUGGGUACACUCAGGUCAUAUGGUAAAACAGUUUGUAUUUUUGUGAUUCAAUGAGUUCAUACUUAUGUAUGCAUUUAGUUGUUUACCAUUGUAUUGUUUACUUUAUCAAUUUUGUUGAAGGUUGCACUGCUACUUUACCUGUUAUAUGCACUAUAUUUUGUAUGUUAAUUACACUGCCACUUUACUUGUCUGCACUACAUGGUUUACUUGAAUAUGCAUUUAUUUGUAUACCUUUUGUAUUACAUGUUUAUUUCUGUUUUGUAUGUUGAUUGCACUACUACUUACCUCUACAUUGGUUCUAUGAAAUUUUGAGUGCAAUGGGUUUCCAUUAAGAUUCUUUCAAAAUGCAUUGUAUUUAUAUUUCAAAUGUUGUAUACUUGUUUACAUUGCCAAGUCACAUCAACCUGUUGUAUUUGCAGUUCAUUUACCAUCACCUCUGAAUGUUUACAUACAUGAUGAUAGCACUCAUUAUUGUUACACAAAUAAAGAGACUUAAAACUGAA